GGUUUGAGAAACGGUGUACUCGGUCAGGUCGGUGUGCAGUUCAUAGAUCAACGUCGAUGUGACGUAACCGAUCUUGACGCUGUCACAGGCGCACUGAGCGGAAAAACCAUAACAGCCUCUCAAGCCAACUACAGAGCACUGGGUUUGCAUUUGAAAUCCAUCCUGGAGGGACAGAGGGAAAGUAACGGGAGGAGGAACACAAAUAUACGGACUGUCCGCUCCUGCACUGAAACCUAUACAAUCUAUGACUGAAACUGGACAGCCAUGGGAGCUGUUCUGGGGGCCUUUUCCUUCGCAAGUUGGGCGUCAUGCCUUUGCAGCAGUGCAACAUGUCUGAUGUGCAGCUGCUGUCCAAGCAGCAGAAACUCCACAGUGACCAGGAUCAUCUACGCCUUCAUCUUGCUGCUGGGGACCAUUGUUGCUUGCAUCAUGCUGUCGCCGGGUGUGGAUGAGCAGCUCAAAAGGAUCCCAGGCUUUUGUAAAGAAGGGGCGGGUUCCUCUAUCCCUGAAAUACAGGCUGAUGUCAACUGUGAAAUGUUUGUGGGCUACAAAGCUGUGUACCGUGUCUGCUUUGGCAUGAGUAUGUGGUUCCUGGGAUUUUCCAUUCUUUUGAUCAACAUCAAGAAUAGCAGAGACCCUCGUGCUGCCAUCCACAAUGGAUUUUGGUUCUUCAAGUUUGCUGCCUUGGUGGCAGUUACAGUUGGUGCCUUUUACAUUCCAGAUGGGCCUUUUACCUACACAUGGUUUGUUGUAGGGUCCGGUGGAGCUUUCUUUUUCAUUCUGAUCCAGCUGGUGCUGCUGGUGGAUUUCGCCCACUCCUGGAAUGAGUCGUGGGUAGACAAGAUGGAGACUGGCAACUCCAGAGGCUGGUAUGUAGCUUUGCUGGCAGUAACAGUCCUCAACUACAUCCUGUCAUUUACUGCUAUCGUGCUGUUUGUCAUCUUCUACACCAAGCCUGAUGGAUGCGUCAUCAACAAGUUCUUCAUUAGCUUCAAUCUGUUGUUCUGCAUUGUGGCCUCUGUUGUUUCUGUGCUGCCCAAAGUACAGGAGUCUCAGCCACGUUCAGGUCUUCUACAGUCCUCCAUCAUCACCCUGUACACUAUGUUUCUAACCUGGUCUGCCAUGACUAAUGAACCUGAUCGAGCAUGUAACCCCAGCCUGCUGAGUAUCUUCCAGCAGAUUGCGGCCCCUACUCAGGCCCCUCUGGAGAUAGAGAACCAGACACAUGUGGUGAUCCUCAACACAGAGGAACCUGUUCUGACGUCCCCGUACUUGCAAUGGUGGGAUGCCCAGAGCAUUGUGGGGCUUAUUAUAUUUGUCCUGUGCAUCCUCUACUCCAGCAUUCGUUCAUCCAGCACCAGUCAGGUGAACAAGCUGACAAUGGCCUCCAGAGACUCGGCCAUCUUGGCUGAGAGUGGAAGCAGCCCCGAUCUAUCAGAGGAGUCAACAGGGCCCAGGCGGGUGGAGGACAAUGAGCAGGACAUGGUUCAGUACAGCUAUUCCUUCUUCCACUUCAUGCUCUUCCUGGCCUCACUCUACAUCAUGAUGACCCUCACCAACUGGUAUAGCCCUGAUGCAGAUUACACCGUAACUAGCAAGUGGCCAGCAGUGUGGGUGAAGAUCACCUCCAGCUGGGUGUGUUUGGCCCUGUAUACCUGGACCCUGUUGGCCCCCAUGAUCCUCACCAAUCGAGACUUCAGCUGAUCAGCUGAUCAAACUCUCUGACUCCACUGUAUCCUCCACAAACCUCUUCUUUUCUUAUUCUUUCUUUUACACAAACUCCAGCCAUAUUGCCUACAUAUUAUUCUCAGAAUGUAUUCAUGUUUUAUAUUUUUAGCUGGAGUUUCAAUUUAUUAUUGCUGGUUUCAGUUAAGUGAAAACAUUUGGUCUGGUUCGGAGGUGCCAUAACAGCUGCUUCUGGUAUGGAUAAUUAACUGUAGUCAGUUCAGUCAGUAGCAGAUGCUCAUUAAUUAGACAUUAUCAUUCAGAUUUAGUCAAAUACCAAUUUUUUUAUAAUGCUUAAAAAUAUGAAUGUUCUGUUUCAGUAUUACAACCAUUAUCAAUACAGUAUAAAUAAUAAGGGUUGGUUUGUUAAUUGCAUAUAGAAGUAAGCUGAAGUGGUAGAGGUAGUUUUCUGCUAUGCCUUCCAAUGCCGUAUGUGUCUGUAAAAGGUUUGAGAUAUUUGAACAUAUUGAGAGUAAUAUUAAGCACACAAGUGUAGUAAACCACUGCUAAAAAAAAACAUGACAAAUUUCUGCAAUGUGACUCAAAGUUAAAUUAAGUUUCUGCCAAAUAUUUAUGACCAAGAUAAUGAAUGUAAAGGUGUCUUUAAGAUGUGAUAGUUAAGUUUUACUUUGUACAAUUAACCCAGUGACAGAAUUGCACUGAACUCACAGAUACAAUCAAAAUAUUUGGUUAGCUAAUACAGGUGAUGAUUUCAUCAAUGUACAACUCCAAAUAACAUGGAAAAGCUUUAAUAUUUCUUUUUGCUUUUGCUUGUAAUGAAUAUUACUUUCUAAUCCAAUACAAAUGUGUUUUGUAAGAAAUGCCAGUGUUAAAUUGUUAAAUAUGUUAAAAGAAUAUGAAUUGGACCAGAUUCAUAUGAAAUACCAGCACUGGCCAAAUGCCUUGUAAGCCAAAGUGAUUUAAUGUAGUUACUAUGUGAUAAGCAGGGUGUGAGUUCUUAGUAGUGCUCUUACAGUUUCUGCUUAAUUUUUUCAAAGCUGAUUUAUAGUUGUUUGCUUUGACUCAUUUUUUACAAAAGUGAUUUCAUGUGCAAAGCUCAACACAAAUAAAUAAGGUAGUUCAUCAUGCACCAUGUUUAUCAGAGCAUCAUUUUAUAUGUUCAGUUAUCAAAUGAAAUCAUUGUUUAAUCAUGUUAAAACAGCCGUUAUCAAAUGAGUAUUCAAACAAACCACUUCCUAUCAAAACAGAAGCAGUGGCUGUCUCAUAUUCAGAUUGCAAAAACAGCAGUGAAAAAAAUGCAUUGUCCAGUAAUUAGCCUUUCAUCAAAGUAUGAAAUCUAUGGGCGCUUAUCAAAUGACAUUGGGUUUUACAAUUUGUGUGUGUGUGUGUGUGUGUUUGUGUGUGUGUUACUGGUAAAUGUUAGAAUUUAGCAAGGCAAUUUGGCUUUUUUGCAAACCUGUCCGUACACUGAACUCUUGUGAUUUACAGCAAUCAUGCAAAUACUGUGAAAGAAUAAAGGCAGAUUUACAACUGA